AUGGCUGGAGUUCAAGACAGUGAAGCCCACUUCGCUUCACGCGCAGCCGAGUAUGGAGUGCCAUCCGAAUUUGUUGGAAGGCUCAAAGCAGAGGGAAUCUCAACGCUGGCCCAUUUGGCCUUUGCAAUCUUUAGGCCAGGCACUGAAUUUGAGGAACGCGCAUUUACAGAUUGGGCCACUGACAGGAACAAUGGGAUCCCGCUCACCAUGGGGGCCGCUGCUGCAUUGAGACGUUUGCAUUUUGAGAGCGAGGUUGUGAUGACAGCUACUAUUAGAGCUUCUGUGGAAACACCAGACCCUGGUAUUCCAAAAGCAAUCCCUUUUGCAGAAAAAGCGGCAAGAUUGGAUGUCCUGCGCACUAGGUUCAAUGGGCUACACAUUCAUGGUGUUGGGGAGCCAUCGCAUGCUUUGUUGGAUGAAGUUUGUGCACAAUUCGAGUCACGCGUCUUGAAGUACAUUGAGCCUCAAAGAUGCACGAGCAGGGAGCUUGAGAUUACCACUGGAAGAACGGAUAAAAAGCUCAAGUUGGAUGCCGGGACAUUAGCUAUCAAGGAAUCGAAAAGCGUCCUUCGUGCCGACAAGGAGGUUUUCAGUGUUCUUGCACAAGGGGUGACUGAUAUACGCCCUGGCGCUGAUGAUGUGAAACCUCUGGACGCUGCAUUGGAAGCUGCUCUUAAGGAAUAUACGGUUGCUUUCCAUUUGGUGCCUUUGCCGAAAUUUGCAGUCAAAGACGAAGUCCAAGCACCUGUGCGGAAGAACUACAAUGCGCAUAGCAAUGACAUGCCAAAAGCUGCAGAGAGAGUCUUUGCAACAGCUCUGGAAGUGCACUACCCCAUGCAGUUGUGCGAUGCAAUCGCCAACACCAUUGCUUUGGCGCUUAGCAAAAAGAAUGUUACUGCUGCUUUCCCUUGUACGGUGCAAUUGAAAAUCUUUGGAGUUUAUUUUUCGGAAGAAGAGUUUCUGAACGAAGCUAUGAAAGCCCAGCAUCCACUAGCAGCCGAGCUGGCGCUUCCACAUGAGCUCAGGGAAGCCAUUCUUUUCAAUUUCAAUGCAGCUGAUCAUGAAGUAGUGAAGCACCGGGCGGCCUUCCUUGCAAAGUGGGUGUGUCGGGCGAAACAGCUCAGUUCCGAUGAGUGCAGUCUUAAGGAUAGAAUGGACCCCAAAGCUGCUUCAGCUGUGCACAACAAGCGAAUUUUAGUGUUCAAAGAGAUGCUGAUUGAUACUGGUUUUCCUGACUUGGGUGUUGUGGACGAACUAAUCACUGGUGCCAGUCUCACUGGGGAGGUUCCGGCUACAGGUAUGCUCCCUGGAAAGUUUACUCCGGCAGUUGCUACAGAUGCAGAAAUACGUGAGGCGGCAUUACGCAUUAGACCCAAGCUGGACACUGACAAUUUGGGAUCAGGUGACCCCAUUAUAGAUGCAGAAGUUUGGAGAAAAACGCUUGAGGAAGUGGAAAGGGGUUGGUUGCAGGGUCCGCUGACCCGCAGCAGUGUGCCCGGUGACCAACCCAUUUCCAGGCGUUUUGGCUUGUUGCAGAAAAAGGGCAAAGUGCGUCUCAUUGACGAUUUUUCGGAGUCAGGUGUGAACAGCACAGUAGGACUGUGUCAAGCUGGCCGAGAUUUUGCUUGUAUUCGAGUUUUUGAUCCAAAGGACAAAUGCAUGAAGUACUUCAGAUGCUGCGUGCUGCCAUUUGGAGCAACGAAGUUGAAACUGCAGCCCAAAGACAAGUUCUUUAUCAAUUUGUUCAAAGAACUACUGCAGAACAACAUCCCUAGAGAAGUUUGUGCUCUGGGCAAUUGCAACGUGAUUGUUUUCACAGAUGCAUGUUACGAGCGUGAUAGCUUGGUUUGGCCUUGCGGUCUUGGCGGAGUAUUGUGUGAAGGUGAUGAUAAGCUUUACUUUUCUUUGGAAGUGCCUGAGUAUGUACGGCAUGCUUUGGGCGAACUGGUCAAGAAGCAAAUCAUCUUUGAGGCUGAGACCUUAUCAGCCGUAGUAGCCUUCAUACUUUGGAAGCGAAGAUUUGUGAACAAGCGAUGCAUUUUAUUUGUGGACAAUGAGGGUUCCAAGUUUUCUCUCCUCAGAGGGUCUUCUGACAAUUCAGUUGUGGAUAAGUUAGCUGGUUUCUUUGCAGAACAUGAAGCUUCAGUUCAUGCUGUCACAUGGCUUGCGAGAGUGCCCUCUAAAAGCAAUUUGGCCGACCACCCAUCUCGCAAUGAUGUCAGUUUACCUUUCUUCAGAAUCGUCCUGGCCGGUUUCUCCGAUUGCGUUUCGUUGGCCGAAACAAAGGAUGAAGUGGGAUGUUCAGACAUUUUCCUUGCAGACUGGCCUGCGAUCCGCGAUGUCUUUUCGCUUUGCAGCGCAAUUGUGGUCCAGGUCUGUGGAUUCCAUGAAUGGCAGGCUAUGAGCGACAUUAUGGACAUUGUCAAAAUGAAAGGCCUGGGUUUAGCCUGGCUUGACAUGCUUUUGUGGGCCGGCAAAGGCAUAGAAGCCGUGGGCUUUGCGAAAAACCAGGAUUGCGUCACGGAGAACAUCACAUCGAUGGCACAGGCUGGCGAAUCUCGAAGAGAAUCAGACCAGCAGGGGCUCGAUACCCACCGGGAGCGGCAAUUUGUUCCAAAACGGCAAUCACAGGAUUGUGCCGCAAUCACGGAGAACAUGACAUCAUUGGCUGAGACAAAAUCAAAGGCACGGGUGAUGGUGGACUGCAGCACGUUGGACUGCGUCGUGGAUGGGAUGCCAGCACUAAAUCAGCACUGCUGCCAGAAGCAGAGUUGUGUGAAGGAAUACACAAAGAAGACGGGUGGUGGACAGUCGAAUCUGUUCGGAUGUGAUACAUGGUGGCUGUGGUUGGUGAUUUCGAUCUGUGUAGUGCAGGGCUGUUGGAAGUGGACUAACGGAGGUUCUGUGCCGUGGGGUCGUGGCUGGCUGACCAUGGCGUCGCUUGUGGCAGUGGCUGAGGGCUUUGCAGAUACGUGGUAUGAGCUGUCUCCCACCGGAGGUCUUUCGGUUAACUAUCAUUACGCAGGGGCAUCCGUGUGGAGUACCACUGAUAACCGAAUGUAUGUCUUCGGAGGGUACACCGGCAGUUACCUCAACGCUCUCAUGGCCUAUGAUCCCCAGGCCAAUGCAUGGGAAACAAUCUCUCCCAGCAGUGGGACUGCACCCUCAGCUCGCACAUACCACACUGGCGUGUGGGAUGCGACCAACGGCCGAAUGUGGAUUUUUGGCGGCAGCGACGGCUCCAGCUACAAUGAUCUACACUAUUAUGACGUGCAGGCCAAUGGAUGGGUGGAAGUCAGUCCCAGUGGCACUGCAAUUACGGCGCGCACAAGGCACAGUGCUGUGUGGGAUUCGACCAACGGCCGAAUGUGGGUCUUUGGCGGUUAUGGCAGCUCUCAAAAUGAUCUACACUAUUACGACGUGACGGCCAAUCAAUGGGUGGAAGUCACUCCCGGUGGCACAGCACCCACGCCUCGCUAUGCCCAUCGUGCCGAGUGGGAUGACGCCGGUGGCCGCCUGUGGAUCUUUGCAGGUAAUGACGCCACUGGCCUUGUAAAUGAUUUAUUUUACUAUGACCUCCAGGCGAAUGCCUGGGUGGAGGUGACUCCAGGAGGUGUUGCUCCAGAUGCGCGGAGAUUUCACCAUUCGGCAAUCGAUGCCAGUGCGGGUCGCCUCUACAUCUACGGUGGAGUUACUCAAGACGGCGGCGUGUCGCUUUUGUACGUCGAGAUUGAGGACCAAACAACGACCACCACAGUGAGCAGUGGCUCUGACUGAAGUAAUUAUGAAAAGUCCGGUGUUCAUCCCUGUUUCUGUGUUAUGAGUCCCUUUCACCAGCCAAAGCGAGCUGCAGCAUUGUGGUGACGCUGGACCAGUCAGUUUUCUUGAAGGCCUCAGUUUCAUGUCGAAAGUCCAAAGUUGACUGCCAAAGCUUCACGACUCCGGGCAGGUGCUCGUAAAGCAGCAAUCUCUUUGAAACAGUUGGGGAUAUUGAUUUCUG